AUGGCUCUGAUGCUGUCAAUAACUGCUCCUAUUCUCCUCCUAGACGAAAUUGAAAUCUCAAGAUUUUUCAUUGGCUUCAAUUCUGGUUUAUUUUGUUUAAUAAAUUUGAAACGAUUUUAUUUACGAUUUUCAGGAAUCAAUACGGGACUUGCAUCAAUAUAUCUAAGCGAAAUUGCUCCAAUAAAUUUGCGUGGUGCUGUAGGAUGUAUGUCCAAUGUCUUCCUCUAUACUGUCUUUCAAUUCGCGUUGGUUGUUGGCCUGCCUUUUACGUCGGGAGAUGAGGAGAAUUGGCAUUUAAUAUUUCUACUUUCCUACAUACCUCUAAGUGUUCAAUUAACUUUGUUGGGGUUCUUCUGUCCUGAAUCACCCAAAUACUGCUACAUUGUUCAUGAAAAUUUUAUGGAAGCUGAGAGGAGUUUGCAAUUGCUUAGAGGAAGGAAUGAUGUGACAACAAUAGUCUCUAUUAAUGCUUCAGGAGGAUGUCUUGCUGCUUAUCUCAGUAUUGUCUUCAUUGCAGUUUAUGUUGUCUUCUUCUCUUUUGGAUUCGUUGCAAUAACAGAAACUUAUUUGAGCGACCUUUUUCCUUCAGGAGCCCGCACAGCUGGUUGUAGUGCCUCAACAUUGGCAUCAAAGGAGCGUUACUUCAUCAACUUUGCUAUUCGUUUGACUAAAGAGAAGCCUAAAGGAAAAGGUGACAAGUCCAAACGUCUUCUCUUAAAGUUGCCUUAUAUUCCACAAAAUAUCAAGGAAAUGCUUCUCUGGUGUUUUUGGCUGGUUAUUUUGGAGAAUACCAUCUUCAAUCCAAUAAUGAUUCUGCACACAAAUUCGCUUAUUUUUAUUGAUCCCAAUUAUUGUGAAACUGGUACUUGCGCUGAUGGUUGUCAGUUUAGUUUUCGAAUGUUUCCAAACUUUUCGGAGGAUAUGGAAAGCAAGAAGAAUUAA